ACCCUCUCGGUGAAAAAAAUAAGGGUUUCUUUUUUGAAUUCUUAUUUUCAAUUUCUGUGUGGAAAAAAAAAAUUAUUCAAGCCAUUGUUGGUUGUCUCGCGAUAAAAUUAUAUUCAUAGGAAACCCACAUCACCAUAGCUAUGGAUGUCGAUGUGGCAUUCAAUACCUUUAUUGGCGUACUGGUUUCAGUAUGCGGCAAUAUCCUAAUAUCCGUAGCACUCAACGUACAGAAACUGGCUCAUAAUCAAAUUCAAAAACAACAACUGGUCAAUUACUUUGCCAAUACCGAGGAUUCACCGCCCUGGAUAUCCACUUCUCACCACGUUUUCGGAAACCACUUUUUCCCGGACGAUGGUUAUUCGUCACCAAGAACAUCCGAGGAUUACCGAACACAAGAAGAAGAAAUGGAGCAUCGUAAAUUCAUCAUGGCCAUGGCUCAGGAACAAGCCCAGCACAAUGAAUCCGAUUACCUCAAGUCCAAGCUGUGGUGGCUUGGUAUCUCUCUCAUGGUCCUCGGCGAAGUAGGCAAUUUUGUCGCCUAUGGUUUUGCACCGGCCUCUACUAUUGCACCUUUGGGAACCACCACUUUGGUCUCCAAUGUGAUAUUAGCGCCCCUCAUUUUGAAAGAAGUAUUUCGUAAACGCGAUCUUCUCGGUGUGUGCCUUGCGGUUCUCGGGGCGGGAAUGGUUGUAUUGAGUUCCAAUGAGGAUCAAGUUACCCUUUCUCCCGAGCUUAUUAUGGAAACAUUGACAGAGACACGAUCCAUCAUAUACUUUAUUAUUUCAGGCGUGGCCAUUGUAACGUUAACAAUUGCUUCUCCAUUGUACGGCAAAUCCAGCAUCAUGAUCGAUCUGGGACUGGUAGCCAUUUAUGGCGGAUACACCGUCAUUUGUACCAAGAGUUUGGCCUCGUUGCUUAGCAUGACUUUAUUCAAGAUGUUUGCAUAUCCUGUAUCCUACGUCUUAAUCAUCGUUCUCGUCGCUACCGCCAUUUUGCAAAUCAAGUACCUCAACAAGGCACUGCAACGAUUUGACUCUACCGAAGUGAUUCCUACCCAGUUUGUCCUUUUCACCAUUUCCGCGAUUGUCGGUAGUGCUGCGCUCUAUCACGAUUUCGAUAAUAUGAGUAUGGAACAAAUGUCGCGAUUCAUGACAGGUUGUGCUGUCGAGUUUCUCGGUGUUUACUUGAUUACAUCGAAACGGAAUAAUCGCCUUGAGCUCGCCAUGGAACCCACCGAUCGCCCUGUGACUAGUUUUACCAAUGACGAAGCUGAGCAUGCCGAUCUGGAAAUAGGCAAUAAUGCACAGACAUUGCAGCGUUUAAUGCCACUGGAUACAAACAAUCCACCACGAUCUUCCUUUGGUCAUGGUGAUAUAGAACCGUUUCUCCGAUCUUCUCCAAACGCGUCUUCUUUAGGUGAUCGAGCGCGGUCCAAUUUUUUAAACCAGCUGUCCAGCUCCCCCGAUCAUUGGCACGGCUUUGCUACUGACGGUGGUAGUUAUCAUCCUCAUCGACGCAGUUCGGUAUUCCGCGGUAUCUCGCUGACUUCGCAACUGAUGGAUCGUAUCAGCACCGAAAUGCCAUCGAAAUCUCCUGUCCAGCUAUCAUCUUCGCCCGUUCGCAAGUCUUUCUUCUUUGGCAACCGUCGCAGUGAUACGACCAUGGGCAGUUUACUCAACGGCCUGGCCCGUCUUUCCACCGAUACCGCGCCUGAUUCACGUCCACGUACUACUGAUGCCGAUGCGGUAGAAAUCGAGAUACCCACUGCCACCGCCGUGGACAUUGCCCAUCAACGCGAGCUGACCCUUAUGCGACUCAGCAAUGGCUCUCACCAUUCCCCCGAGAGUCCUAAAUAAAUACCAAUAACCACCCAAGAAUCUUCCCCACCCCCCAACUUUCUAUAGAUCCUCCUGCAAAGGACCCAUUUCUUUUUAUUCCCACAUCUAAAACCACCACCGUCAUUCUCUUUUUAUCUCUUUUUAUUUUAUCCCACUGCAAUCUAAUUUCAUCCUGCUUUCUUACUGCUCACUUGACUGAUUUUGCUUGGCCUAUAAUAAAAAAGACAGCAUCCGACAUCAAA